AUGGACAAAUUCCCAUUCAACGACCACGAUCCAUAUUAUAUGAAUCUUCGCGAAAUGAUCGGCCACAAGGUUUUCAUUAAGCUCGAAAAUAACAGAGAAUUGGAAGGAACAUUAAUGAGCCUUGAUCAAUUCGGUAAUCUCGUUCUCAAUGAUACAGUCGAACUCCAACCAGGUUCGAUCGUUCCAAGAAAUUAUCAGCCAAAAAAAUUAGGUACAGCUGUCGUUCGUUCCCCUCAUAUCUUAUCAACUAACUUAGUUAGAACAACCUAA